AUGUAUACCACAGAAGAUUCCAGAGAAAAUUGCCCAUCUUCAAAUUAUAGGACACCUAAAAACCAACGGUUUUAUAAUGUAUUUGAUACUUCUUCCACCCCUUCCACCCCCAUCCGUGAUUCUUUAUUUUCCAACUCCAUUCCUUCACCUUACUCUACACCUGCUCUUCAAGAAGCUAAAUCACUUUUUCGCUUAACUGCAAGUCCAAAACGACUUAUUGGUCGUGAAGAAGAACGUAGGGAAAUUACGGAAUUUUUAACGAGUCAUAUCAUUGACGGAAAACCUGGAAGUUUAUAUAUCACUGGCAUUCCAGGAACUGGCAAAACUGCCUUGUUAGAAGAAAUCAGAGAGCAAAUUAUAGAUGAUGAAGAACACUUGCUUGGUCUUCUUCCACCAAUAGUAACUCCUAUAAUAAAUUGUAGAUACGUCAGUUACAAAAAGUUUUUUAUUGAAUUAUGUGAAAUACUUUGUAAAGAUAUAGAUAUUAUAGAAGAUAAUGAAAUAGCUCAAAAAGUAUUAGAAGAUUGUUUAAUGAUGUCAAUUGAUCAUGGAAUGUGUGUUGUAAUUUUAGAUGAAAUCGAUUGUAUAAUUGAAAAUGAUCUGGAUAUCUUGUAUAAUUUGUUUAGCUUGGCAAAUGAUAAAGAAUCACGUCUGAUACUUAUUGGAAUCUCUAAUUUACAAUUUUAUGAAAAAUUACCUAUUUAUAUUAGAUCGAUGAAGUGUGAACCGAAACAAGUUAGUUUUACACCAUAUAAUGAUUCUCAGAUUAUGGAAAUAAUUAAAGAUCGUCUUUUAGCUGCAGCCUCCGCAGAAAAGGAAAAUUCAAUUAUGAUGUCAGAAAAACCAAUAUCAUCAUCUUUGAUGCAAGAUAAAGCAAUUGAGCUUUGUGCAAAAAAAGUUGCUGCUUGUAAUGGUGAUUUAAGAUUAGCGUUGAAUAUUUGCAUGAAAGCGAUUGAACUGGUAGAAGAAGAAUUAGAAGAAAAGGAAACAGAAGAAAAAAAAUUGGAAGAAAAAGAAAAGGACAGAAAGAAAUCAAUAAAAAAAAUGGUUCUUUCAGAUUCUGAAAAUUCAUUAGAACAACAACAAUCACAACAAAAAAUUUCAAUGCCAGAAAUUACAAUUACACAUAUUAAUCAAAUUAUUAAUACAGACAUCAUCAUUUCACCUAUUACAAAUAGAUUGCGAUCUUUGAAUCAUGCACAAAGUAUGGCAUUAUUCGCAAUAGUAUGUUUAAUCAAGAAAAAAGAGAAAAAAAUUGAUCUUACAAAGAUACAAGAAUUUCUACAAGUAUUUUCAAAAAGGAAUCCCACUUUGCCAUUGGAAACUAAUUUGUGUUCUUUAAAAGCAGCAACUGAAGUACUUAAAAAUUCCAAUGUAAUCAAAAUAUCUAGAGCUAAUAAGAUCACUUUGAGUGUUAGAGCGAAGGAUGUUGAAGAUAUCUUAAAAGACAAGAAGCCUUUAUUGAAGAAAGCUUUGAUGUUGAUUAAAGAUUGA